AUGCUUCGUCUUCGUCCGUGCUACAUCUUGAAUUGCUUGCGGUCUCAGCGUGCUAUCACCGCUAAAGCUGCGCAGCUGAAGCGGCAGGAGCGAGGCGCCCUGAAGAUGACCAACGACUUCGAUAACUCACAAGACAUGCGCAACUCGCGGCCACCCUUGCAGGGUGGGCCCGCCAGCGACGAAGUGAAACGGGCAACGAAGCAGAUUGGAUAUCUUACAAAGUCUGGACAGUUCGGGGAUGCUUGGCAGCUGUUUGAGACGUUGCAGGAACGAGGCACAGUCGAGUACUGUGUGGGUCUGCACCUGUGCGCACAAGCUGGUUGGCUCGAUGAAGCCAGGGCACUUUGGGCAGAUAUGGGCCAGGAUCUCAAGAACGUGGUUGCUUACACGGCAAUGCUCAAGGUCUUCGCCAAUGCGAAACGAGUGCGUGAUGCAGAGCAGCUAUUUGAUGAGAUGCAGACGCAUGCAGUUGCACCGAAUAUCAUUACCUACAAUACUUUGGUCAGCGCAUAUGGGAUGAGGUCCAUGGCUGAGCAGGCCAAGAGUACGUUCGACAGUAUUCCUGCAGAUGUCUGGGCAGAAGCUGGCGACUCAAGCAGGCAGGCCAGCUAUGCAGGAGUCAUGUUCGCACAUGCUCGUGUGGGUGACUAUGCCGCAACGCGCGAGCUCUUCAUGGACAUGACGUCAAAACAGGUUGCACCGAACAAAACGCAUUUCAAUGCCUUACUUACGUCUUGCACCCAGCAGGGCUUGACUGAAACAGCAAGAGCGAUCUUCGAUAUGCUGCCUCAUUAUAACAUCAAGCCGGAAUGUGACAUGUGGACAGCGCUGAUCUCUUGCCACCGCCAGGAUCUGGGCCAGUGUAAGCAGAUCUUGAGUAACAUGCAAAGUGCUGGCGUGCAGCCGUCCGGACUGACGUACCAAGUGCUUUUGAACGCGCACGUCCACGCAGGAGAUGGGCCUGGUGCGAGGGAGUUAGUUGAGGACAUGGAGAAGUUUGGGGCAUGGAAAGAAUCUUAUGUCACUCAGCAGUUAGCGGCGGAGGCUGCGCAGCUUCCAUAG